AUAUACAUAGCACAUCUCACAGCACUCUUUUAUCCUCUCUAAACCCUCUCAUCUCUCUCUUGAUCUCGACGACCAUCAGAAAAUGACGGACGUCCUAGCAGAAUCGAAUAUACCAAAAGAUGAACAGCAGACGGAGAGAUCUAGGUUGGUUAUUAAUAAAUUGUGUUUGAUAAACUUCAAAUCUUUCGCUGGUACACAAGUUAUUGGCCCAUUUCACAAAUCAUUCUCCUCUAUCGUUGGUCCAAAUGGUAGCGGUAAAAGUAAUACAAUUGACGCGUUACUCUUCGUUUUCGGUUAUCGUGCAUCCAAGAUGCGUCAAUCGAAGCUCUCAGAGUUGAUACACAACUCAGCUGAACAUCCAAACUUCGAUCAUUGUGCUGUAGAAGUUCAUUUCCGUGAUAUUAUAGACACACCACAUUCAGAGGAGUUUCAAAUUGUAGAAGGUAGUGAUCUAGUAGUAACACGCAUGGCUAUGCGUAACAAUCAAUCAAAAUACCUCAUAAACGGUCAAUCGUCAAAUUACGCAGAAGUAACGAACCUUCUACGCGGUAGGGGUAUUGAUCUUGACCAUAAUAGAUUUCUUAUUCUCCAGGGUGAAGUUGAAUCAAUUGCACAAAUGAAAAGUAAAGCUCCAUCACCCCACGAAGAUGGUUUAUUAGAGUAUCUCGAGGACAUCAUCGGUACAGUUAAAUACAAAGCACCGAUCGAGGAAAGUCUCGUAGACAUGGAUAAACUUUCAGAUGAGCGUAGUGAGCGCCUCGGCCGUCUUCGUAUAGUUGAGAAAGAAAAGGACAGACUAGAGGGUCAUAAGGACGAAGCCGAGGCUUAUCUUAAGGAUUGUAACAAUGUCGCGCGUAAGAAAAACAUCCUUUAUCAGCGUUAUCUCCUUGAUUUGAGUGAAAACAUCGAAGUUUGUCAUCAACAUAUUGCAGAGUUAGGCCAACAACUCACUGACGAAGAGGGUAAAGUUUCAGGACGCAAGGAUGCCCUCAGCGCGUUUGAAGCUGAGUAUAAGCGAAUCGAGAAGGAGGCAAAAGGCAUGGAAAAUGAAAUGAAACGCGUGAGUAAAUCUCAUGAAGAUAAGAACAAAGAGAAUGUAAAACUGGAUGUCAAAAUCAAAGAUUUGAAUUCAAAAAUCAAGAAGUUGAAGAAGACGCUGACGGAUGAUACUCACGCAUUUAAGACUGCCCAGUAUAAUAUAACUGAACUCACAGAAGAAAUGGAGAAGGCCCGCAAGGAGGCUGAAGAGCAUGAGGCAGGCCUUGGUACCGAAGAGGAGAAACUUGAAUCUAUCAUUGAUUCUCUCAAAGGUAAAACACAAGUGUUCACAGACCAAAUCGAACACAAGCAGAAGGAACUCCAACCAUGGCAGGCGAAAUUAUCCGACCUGCAAACGAAGAUUGACGUUGCAGCAUCUGAACGAGAUCUUCUUGCCUCGAAGGCCGAAUCUGCCCAGAAUGCUGCCUUAGAAGCCGACGACCAGCUUGCGGCUAUCAAAGAUGAGGUAGAACGCAAGCAGAGUGCCGCUACUGAUAUCCAAGACGAGCGCCAAAGAGUCGCGAGCGAGAUGGACGAACUCGAUGACCAGAUAAAGAGCCUCAGAAAUGAUGAAGGUACCGCUCGGAGGGCACUCAGCCAAGCACGUCAGAAAGCCGACGAAGCAAAGUCAUCAUUGACAGCAAAUAGAUCCCAGGAUGCUGUCUUGGCCAGUCUGACCCGCCUGAGAGAAACCGGUCGUGUGUCAGGUUUCCACGGCCGUCUUGGUAAUCUCGGUGCAAUCGAUGAUAAAUUCGACAUUGCGAUAACGACAGCUUGUGGCGCACUCAACAACUUCGUCGUCGAUACCGUACAGGGUGCCCAGACUUGCAUUGCGCACCUGAGGGAAAACAACGUCGGUAGAGCUACCUUUAUCGUACUCGAGCAACUAGCGGGUAAGAACCCAACUAAAGUUGCUACACCAGAGAAUGCUCCACGUCUUAUUGACCUCGUCAAACCGAAGAAAAAAGAAUAUAUACCUGCAUUCUACAAAGCCCUCGGUAAUACCCUCGUAGCAAAGGAUCUCAGUCAAGGUAAUCGCAUUGCCUAUGGGAAGCAGAGAUGGCGUGUAGUCACACUCCAAGGCAAUGUAAUUGAAGCCUCUGGUGCGAUGUCAGGUGGUGGUCAACGUGUGUUGAAGGGUGGUAUGAGUUCAUCUUUGAAUGCUUCUGAUUCAGUAACGAUCGAAACCGUCAACAAACUUGAAGGCGAGAGGGAAAAAGCGGAUGAGCAUCUGAAAGAAAUCCUCGAAAAGAUAUCAAAUCUUGAAAACACUUACCGUGAAUUAAGGAAACUUGCACCAGAUUUAGAAAUUCAAGCUGAGAAAGCCGAACUCGAUCAAGCGACGUUUGCGAACCGUAUAUCUGAAGCUGAGAAACAUGCAAAGAAGGCGAAAGAAGCAAGUAAACCAGAUGCCAGCGACGCGAAACGUACGAAGACACUCGAGAACGAGAUAACAAAACUAGAAAAAGAAGUAACAAAAUUAACAUCCACAACAUCCUCCAUUGAGCGGGAAAUUGAACAGCUACAGGAAAAGAUCCUUGAAGUAGGUGGUGUUAAACUACGUGCUCAGAAGAGUAAAGUUGAUUCCGUUAAAAUGAUGAUGGGUCUUUGCAAUGAGCGUAUGACAAAAGCUGAAGUAGCGCUUAGUAAAUCCGAGAAAGAUAUAAACCGUUACGAGAAGACUAACAAAGACAAUGAGAAGAAACUUGAGAAACUGGAGCGAGAAUUGGAACAAAUCAAUGAAAAGAAUAGUGAACAACUCACCAAAGCUAACGGAGUAAAGGGUGAAGUGGAUAAAAUGCGUGACGCACUCGAAGCAAAGCAGGAUGAGUUACAGACGAUUAAAGCGCAACUCGAUGACGAGGCACUAGCCAUGCAAUCUUUCAACGCCCUCGAAGCUGAUCUUCGUAACCAACUCGAAGAAACGCAGAACAUGCUAACGGAUUCUGAAUCCAAAUUGGGUAUCUACAAUGAACGUUUAUCAAAGCUCUCACUCCAGGAUGUCGAAGAAGAGGAGCAGGAUAAUGAAGAUGGAGAAAAAAUGGAGCAAGAUGCACCCGCACUUGAAAAAUACACUCCGGAGGAUCUUCAAGAAAUUCAAUUGGAUAUUCUUAAGAAGGAAAUAUCAAGAGCGGAGGAUAAAGUAGAGAAAUCAACUGUCAAUUUGGACGUAUUAGCGGAAUAUAAAUCUCGCAAACAGGAGUUCAAAUCACGCGCUGCGGACGUCCAAGAAGUAACUCGUCGCCGUGAUGAAGCCAAAGCAACAUAUGAUGAACUUCGUAAGAAACGUUUAGAGGAGUUCAUACAUGGCUUUUCUAUCAUAUCGUCAAAACUCAAAGAAAUGUAUCAGAUGAUAACUCUCGGUGGUAAUGCUGAACUUGAACUAGUUGAUUCUCUAGAUCCAUUCAGUGAGGGUAUCAUCUUCUCGGUCAUGCCUCCAAAAAAGAGUUGGAAGAAUAUAAGUAAUCUCUCUGGUGGUGAAAAGACACUCAGUUCUCUCGCUCUUGUUUUCGCAUUACAUGCUUACAAGCCUACACCACUCUACUUCAUGGAUGAAAUUGAUGCUGCAUUGGACUUUAGGAAUGUGUCCAUUGUAGCUAACUACAUCAAGGAUAGGACGAAGGAUGCACAAUUUAUCAUCAUUUCAUUGAGAAACGACAUGUUCGAAUUGAGUAACCGAUUAGUCGGUAUCUACAAAACGUUGAACGCGACAAAGUCACUGACAAUUGCCAACUCUAACUUAUAAUCUUCCUUAAGAAACUCGUAUGUAUUAUUUUUUUUUCUUCAAAAGCAAAGCAUGUAUCAUGAUAUAAGUAUCUUUUAAUCUCGGAUAAUUACAACUAUUUACCAUUCGUCAUCAGCCCCUGGUUGACGACGUUUAGAGAGGGCUGCUGCUAAGUCGUUGCCGAAACCACUUCCAUUGUUAGUUGGCAAACCAAUCUGUGGUGCGCCAUUUGAAGCGUUAGAAGUGCCGUUUGAGGCUGGUUUUGGUUUUGGUUUUGGAGCAACUGCUGGCUUGGCCUUUACCGGUGGAGGAACCUUCUUUGCACCAUUAGAAGGAGCCGGGACAGGAGCUGGUGGUGCUGGGAUAGACCUUUGCACUGGCGGUUGUGGUGCUGCUGGCUGCUUUGGCUUUGGUGGAACCUUGUUGAGGUAUGUCGAUGGGCACCAUCCCUCGACACCGCUGCCGUUCUUUACGAGCCACCAUCCUGAUGCAUCCUGAUUGAGGACUUCUACUUCCUCAUCCUUUUCUAAUGGCAGCUCACCACUUUCUUGGGUAUCAAACUGAUGAAUACUCUUCCACAUCUCCUUUUCUGGUGAAGGUGGUCUAGCUGGUCGAACUGGAGCUGGAGGUGCAGCCGGAGCUGGUGGAACGGCUCUAGGAGCAACAACAGGAUUACUUGCAUGUACACUCGGAACAGGUGGUGUAGUCCUUGCCGCUGGCGUAGGUACAGGUGUAUUGAGCGCCGGUUUACCACCACCACCAGGUAACGGUACACUACGUGGUGCAGCCGUUGAUCUUGGUGCACCUCUCUUUGCUGCCAACUUUGCUGGGCGCGGCUUACGAGGAACAGGUGGUCUCGAAACACUUGAAGCUGGCUCACCACCAGCAAUUGUUAUAGUGUGCGAUUUGUAAGUUGCGCCAUUUAUCCUCUCCUGAGGCUUCGAUGCGCUUAUGUCACCCUUAACAGCCUUAAUUUGAGCCCUCUUGUCUUUUUUCUUGGUAUAAUCAAUUGUUGGACCAGCAUUGACUGUGACUGUUCCACCCGCAAUCCUGUUAAUUUGGGUGACAAACUCUGUCUUAAAUUUAACAACCAAAAUUGGGUCGCCCUCUUCAGUUGGACCGAGGUUCAAUACGACGAAGUCAUCUUGAAGAUUAGAGAGCGAAGCACCCUUGAUGGCACCUACAAGAAUCUUGCGCUCAACAUUAGUGCCCUCCUUUGUGGUGACGACAAUGUAAAGUGCCUUAUUUGUGAGCACGACGAAACGUGGACUUGGCUUAGAUGUCCUACCCAAUCUCGAUACUAAAAUUUCAGCGCGAGAGGAGAAUGACACAGGCUCAGCCUUAGAAAUACCACAAACACGGCUAAGCAUUUGUCCAGUUGGACUAUCGCCAUUGACAUCCAAGUAAUCACCCAUAAAUCUUCUUUGACUGACGAGGGAGAACCGUCUUCUCUCUUUCCUGUUGGCGAGAAGUUGAUGACCGUAUGUUCUAAUUUUCUCAUAAGCGAUACCUUCUUUCUUUGACAUCCAGAAACGUUGAAUUUUCUGUGCACUUUCUUGUCUUCUACGGAGGUACGCACGCCAUGAACGUUGAAUCCUACUAGCCAUAUUGUGCCAAUAUUUGUCUCUCAUUGUUUCUAAAGCAAAAAGUGUUUCGGGAUUCUUAAUGAAUGCUUUUGUUAUACCAAGUUGCCAUUCAUCUUUGGCAAUACCAGUGUCAGUGAGCAUUUGUGCACAUCCAGAUCUAGCGUCUCCUUGCCAAAUGUAGUCACCCGCGUAACUUGUUGAUGGUGAUAAAAGGUAGAAUCUUUCAAUCAUCUUUUCGAACGUAUUUCUAUAUGCAAAUCCUGCUCUUCUUACUCGAAUGUUUUCUUGAAGACCCAAAUACUUAAUUUGGUGGAGAAUUGCAGCAUCAUCAUACUCCGAUGAAGACCUGUUUUGAUUUGGUUUGAUGGUACGGAUGUAAGAUGGCUGAGAUGCCAUCAACUUGUCGACGAGUAAGUUUGCAGAAACCUUAAUUCUAUCACCUGCUGUUGGUGGCCUCUUCUUGGAGUUUGGAUCAGGUCUUUCAGGGAAUAAGCCUUGUAAGAAUGGAUUGCUGGACUCAUCAAUGAGAUUUAAGAGAUCCUUAAGCAAAGCAUCCUUGUUCUUAUCCGUCAUUUGUUGAAUAUUGUAGGUGACAUCACCAGCGUAAUGCUUGAUAAUAAAUUUACUACCACGCAAGUUGAAAUGAGGGUUUGAAGAAACCAUAUUCAAACGCUGAGAAAAGGAGUUGUCAGCAGCAGCAGGAUCGGCGUGUGCUGUUGCGCAAGCAUCGUUCAAAGCUGCAAAGAUACCUGGUGGACGCUUCUCUUCAAUCAAGUCACAAACAAUUUUGUUAUUGAAGAACUUGAUUGGUUGCCAUUGAAUUUGUUCCAUCGAAUACUCCUCUUGUUCCUUCUUCAAUGUCAACUCAAUGAAUAUCUGUUGAAGUUUCUCGUUAACGUAGUUGAUACAAAGCUGUUCGAAUGAGUUGUCUUCGAAAAUUUCAAAACCGUAGAUAUCAAGAAUACCAAUUACGUAGUCACUAGCUUGUGUUGGUGCUAAAGAGCGAUUGAUGCGGUCGACGAUCCAUUCGAAGAGAUUGUUGUAGAUUGCUUUUGAAAAGGCAUCACGAACAGAUGUAGCUUGUGCUGGAUUGAGUGGUACUUCAUAAACUGAUCCACGUCUGCCACCCCUUUGUGUUUCCAUGACACGACAUGUGACUGCCUUCUCCAAAGAUGGUCUACUGACUUGCAGCAAGUAGGCGAUGAAGUCAAGAGUGUCAGAGUCAUCUGGUUGGGCAUUUCCAUCAUCAUUUUCAACAAAUACAAUGUUACCAAGCCAGAGAAUAGAUGCAAGCAUUCUAAAAAUUUCGUUCUGUUCAUCACCACAGAGACCGAUGGUGUUCAUUGCAUUGAUUGUCUCUGAGAAGUCGUGAACGUCGUUAAUACCGCCAACAUCUAAGCAUCCAGCGCGGGAUGUGUAGAGGUAAGCGUCUGGACCUUGUAAACCAAAUGCUUGUCUUUGAGCUUGCGAUGCGCCCUUAGUGAGCUGAUAAAAGAUGUGGAAGUCACGUUCGUCGGUAAUUUGACCAACAACACGACCCUUUUCAAGGAGGUAGUUUGUGAUACGGGCUCCGACUGGUUCACCAGCGUGGUUGAACAUAAUUUCGAGAUAUUUUCCGUGUCUACUUGAGUUGUUAUUUCUGAGUGUCUUUGCACAACCGAAACUCUCGAGUAAUGGGUUCGUAGCGAGUACCAUGUCUUUAAUACCUUGAAUUGAGCUAUCCUGACCGCCGGAUACUUCUGCGAUGUAUUGCAUGAUACGCUUUGCAGCUUCAGUCUUACCAGCACCGGAUUCACCUGAGAUAAUAACGCAUUGGUUUUCUCUAUAAGCGGACAUGUUGUAAUACAUGGAUUCAGCGAUAGCGUAGACGUGUGGUGUCAUUUCGAGUCUAUUCUUUCCUUUGUAGGAACGUAAUAUCUGAUCAGUGUAGAUUCCAAGAUCCCUAAAUGGGUUGAUAGAUAUCAAGACGUGUCCAAUGUAAGUGUAGAUCUCGCCCACUUGGAAGCGUUUCUUGAGGUUGUCGUUGAUAGAGUCGUUAGAGAUUGUCGUUAAUAGCGUCAUAUCGGAAACACCGGCUUGUUUCUUCUUAAAGCUGUCCUUCCAGUCUGCCUUUGCAAUCUGUGCUUUUCCAGGAGCUUUUGAAGGCGCUUUAGUUUUG